AUGGAACCUAUCCUGAUGCGUCAUCGCCCGUAUGACCCUGAAACACAUGAGUUCCGACUCGAAACACAUAGUAUCCGACGCGUCCUCCAGCAAGAUAUGGGCAUGCAAUAUCCCGUGACAUUCCACGUCAGCAGUGACAAGAAAGCCCUUGGGUAUCAUGCUGAGGCCAUCCAGCAUGAUACGAUCGAGCGUUGUGUACAACCGUAUGGACCAAGCUUGGUGAAACUUUUCUGGAAAAUAGUCCAUCCCUAUUAUCCGAUCCUGUAUAAGCAGGGCUUCAUGGAACGGUACCUACGCUCAUACCGCAACGUUCCAGCGCCUCUACUCGGGGCGGUUUACUUGAUAUCCCUCAAUUGGUGGUCAUACGACCCUGAAUUGAGUAACAAAACCGCCCCCAACGCGUCCUUCCUUCGGGAGGCCGUCAUAAAUGCCAUCCAAAACAGCUACCAUCGGCCAAAGCUGUCCUCUAUUGAAGCAACCCUUCUUCUACUGCAGUGCAAGCCAGAAGAUGCAUUGAAUCCGGACCACACAUGGACUUGGGGAUGCACAGGCCAAGCAUUAUCCGUUGGGGAGGCAAUUGGACUGCAUCUGGACGCGAGCUCGUGGGACAUCCCAGACUGGGAAAAGGGUCUGCGUAAACGUCUUUCAUGGGCACUAUAUGUUCAGGAUAAGUGGACCGCGUUGAUGCACGGUCGGCCCAGUCAUAUCCAUGACGACAACUGGGGCGUGCGAGAUUUGACAGAUGAUGAUUUCUUUGAUUUACAGGUUGAGGAUCAACCCGGCUUUUCUCCGCUUGAAGGAGAUCCGGAGGUUGGAAAACAGGAGUUUAUGGCGCUCGUCGCCCUGACCAAGAUUCUCAGCGACAUCUUAAGCCUCUUGUACACGCUCCGUGCCAGUCAGAUCCAGGAUACCGUCCAGCUCUAUGAGAUAGCCCUUCCCAUCCUUGAGCGACUGUCCAACUGGCAUCAACAUCUUUCCCCCUCGCUUCUCAUGAGCCAGCGAGCAGUGCGACAACUGUCUGCAAAUGGUCUGCUUCCUUUUUUUGCCAUGUCCAAUAUGACUGCUAAUUAG